CUCAAGCUGCUCAGCCGGGGCAGUUGUUACCCGGGCUCCAUCUGUGUCCUGAGCCCUGGGACUUGAGCGGCCAGAUUCCUGCCAGAUGAUCGCGGGGCCAGAGCCCUGGCUCCAGGCUGGAAACUCCCCCCGGACCAAGCUCUGCCAGUGCCCCCCCACUCCAGACCGCAGCCCCCUGCUAGCCCAGCCCUGCGGUCUGUCCCCGGCUCUGGGAGGGGAGGGGUCUCGUGGUUAGAGUGGGGGCAGGGCGGAGAGCCAGGACGCCUGGGUUCUCUCCCUGCCCCUCCCCACUGACAGGCCCCCGUCCCCUUCCCCAGGAGACCCCCAGCACGGAGGAGAUGGAGCAGUUUGCCAAGGAGCUGAAGCACAAGAGGAUCACGCUGGGGUUCACGCAGGCCGACGUGGGGCUGGCCCUGGGUGUGCUGUAUGGGAAGAUGUUCAGCCAGACGACCAUCUGCCGCUUCGAGGCCCUGCAGCUGAGCUUCAAGAACAUGUGCAAGUUGAAACCGCUCCUGCAGCGCUGGCUGGACGAGGCCGACGGCAACGCCAACCUGCAGGAGAUGUGCAGCAUGGAGAGCGCCCUGCUCCAGGCCCGCAAGCGGAAGCGAACCAGCAUCGAGACGGCGGCGCGGGGCUCCCUGGAGAGUUACUUUCUUCGCUGCCCCAAGCCCAGCCUGCAGGAGAUCACCCACAUCGCCCACGACCUGCACCUCGACAAGGACGUGGUCCGCGUCUGGUUCUGCAACCGCCGGCAGAAGGGGAAGCGCAGCGGGGGCUGCUCCGGGCGCGACGACUGCGAGGGGGGGGCCCUGCCCUUCGCUCCCCCGGGCUACAACGCUGCCGCCUUCGCCGCCCUCUACGUGCCCCAGUUCCACCACGGGGGGGAGCCCUUCGACCCCACUCCCCCUGGGCCCCCCCUCAUGGGCCACCCCAUGCACUCCACCUGA